GUUGGACACUUGGACCGUUAGACCUCAUCCCAUCGGUCUCGUUUCGCCCACCGGUCACCGCCGAAGGAACCCUAGUUCCCAGUUCUCAGUUCCCCAACAACUCGCGCCCCCUAUAUAACCUCGCGAGCUCUCUACAGAAAACCUCUUUGGGCGACGGGGUUCAGUGGUGCCCUGUUAGACUAUCACAUUGUUCUUCUUUUCACUUACAACUCGCGCGCCUUAUACAAGCUUUGCCACUGCUAAACCCUAGCUUCAACAAGCUCUAACGCAGUCUCACCGAGUCCACGAAGCUCAAUUUCUUCGAUUUUUUUGCUUUCAAAACUCUGGGAGACUUGAGAAUUAGUAGCUCAAAUGGGAAUUCCUUCAUUCUAUCGAUGGCUUGUCCAAAAAUACCCGCUUUCAGUCUCAGAAGUCAUGGAAGAAGUUCCUCCCGUCGUUAAUGGAGUUCGUGUACCGAUUGAUACGAGCCUUCCGAAUCCGAAUGGCAUGGAAUUUGACAAUCUAUACCUUGACAUGAAUGGCAUUAUUCACCCCUGUUUCCAUCCAGAAGGCCAGCCUGCACCGAAGACAUCUGAAGAGGUUUUCAAGAAUGUUUUUAAAUACAUUGAUCGCAUCUUCUCACUUAUUCGACCGCGGAAACUUCUCUACAUGGCAGUUGAUGGUGUUGCGCCACGGGCUAAGAUGAAUCAACAGCGUGCAAGGAGAUUCAGAGCUUCUAAAGAUGCGUUGGAUAAUGCUGCUGAGGCAGAGAGGCUGAGUAGAGCCCAUAUAGGAGAGUUGGAGAGUUUAGAUGAGCUGGAGCAAACUAAGACAAUGGAUUCGAAUGUAAUCACACCUGGAACGGACUUCAUGGCAUCACUGUCUUCAGCUCUUCAAUAUUACGUACAGCUAAGAAUGAACACAGAUCCAGGGUGGCGGGGCAUCAAGGUCAUUCUUUCUGAUGCGAAUGUUCCUGGUGAAGGGGAGCACAAGAUUAUGUCUUACAUUCGGUUGCAGAGGAACCUGCCAGGAUUUGACCCCAACACUCGACAUUGUUUGUAUGGCUUAGAUGCAGACUUAAUCAUGCUUGCUUUGGCUACCCAUGAACUACACUUUUCAAUUCUGAGAGAGGAUGUCUCCAAGUUUAGGGUAAAAGAUAGAAAGGCAACAAGUGGGAACUGGUCAUCACAAAGGGGUCAGAAGAGAUGUGGGGAGAAGUUAAUGCAAUCGAAAGUGGAUAGUGUGAAUGCAAAUGAUGACAUCUCGACACAGCAAUUCCAGUUCCUCAAUAUUUGGAUUCUCAGGGACUACUUGGCACAUGACAUGAGAGUACCAGAUCAAACUGUGGAGGCAGACUUUGAGCGUCUUAUUGAUGAUUUUGUUUUUAUGUGUUUGUUUGCUGGAAAUGAUUUUCUGCCUCAUGUGCCGUCCUUGGAAAUCUCUGAGGGGGCGAUUGACCUGCUUAUGGCCGUCUAUAAAAAGGAAUUUGUACGAAUGGGAGGUUAUCUAACAAAUUCUUUUGAGGUAAAUCUUGAACAUGUGGAGCACUACCUAAAAGCUGUGGGAUCCCAUGAGAGUGCAAUUUUUAGGAAACGCAGCCAGAUGCAGGAGAUAAAUAGGAAGCGCGGCAGAAGCAGUGACUCUUCCAAACUACCUCAUGCCAAGCGACUAAAGAACUCUGAGAGUUUAUGGUCCUCUUCUAAGCUUGAUGAGAAAAAGACACUGAUCUCUGUCAGUAGGGAAGCAACUUAUGAUGCUAAUGCAGUGGUUGACAAGGUUAAACUGGGAGAAAAAGGAUGGAAAGAAAGGUUUUAUACUGAGAAGUUUGAAACAAAGACCAAAGAUGACCAGGAGAAAAUUCGAAGUCAUGCGGUUUUAAAAUAUAUUGAAGGAAUUUGCUGGGUCAUGCAUUAUUACUAUCGAGGAUUUGUUCAGAUGCAGGAGAUAAAUAGGAAGCGCGGCAGAAGCAGUGACUCUUCCAAACUACCUCAUGCCAAGCGACUAAAGAACUCUGAGAGUUUAUGGUCCUCUUCUAAGCUUGAUGAGAAAAAGACACUGAUCUCUGUCAGUAGGGAAGCAACUUAUGGUGCUAAUGCAGUGGUUGACAAGGUUAAACUGGGAGAAAAAGGAUGGAAAGAAAGGUUUUAUACUGAGAAGUUUGAAACAAAGACCAUAGAUGACCAGGAGAAAAUUCGAAGUCAUGCGGUUUUAAAAUAUAUUGAAGGAAUUUGCUGGGUCAUGCAUUAUUACUAUCGAGGAGUAUGCUCUUGGCAAUGGUUUAAUCCUUACCAUUAUGGUCCAUUUGCUUCGGAUUUUUAUGGUCUUGGUCAGUUGGAGAUCCAAUUCACCCUUGGUGAACCCUUCAAGCCACUUAAUCAGUUAAUGAGUGUAUUGCCUGCCGCAAGUGCACAUGCACUUCCUUUGUUUUACAGGGUAUUGAUGACAGAUUUGUCGUCACCUAUUUCAGAUUUCUAUCCCACAGAUUUUGAGCUUGACAUGAAUGGAAAGCGAUUUGCAUGGCAGGCGGUAUGUAAAUUACCGUUUAUUAUGGAAUCUCGUCUUCUUGCGGAGACUGCAAAGUUGGAACACACCUUAACGGAUGAGGAAAAACGAAGAAACAGUUUGGGAAUGGAUAUACUUUUUGUUCACAUUUCACAUCCUUUAACAGUGAAGAUCUUCUCUCUUUGUGAACAAAAGAAAGAUCACCCAGAGUUGCCUAAUGCUGAAGUCGAACACGAAAUUGACCCAAAAUUGAGCAAUGGCAUGAAUGGCUACAUAUAUAUCACUGAUAAGCCAGUGUUGCCUCUUGAAAUCUAUUCACCAAUUGAGGACAUGGAGAUUAUCACAAAGCAUGAGACAAUUUCUGUCUUUUAUAAGUACCCCGCCUUUCAUCCUCACAUUCCCAGGCUACCGGAGGGGGUUUUGAUUCCUGUGACGUCAAUCAGCAGCCGCGAUGUUAUCUCUGCUCCAAUGCUAUGGCACGAGAUGACUGCUUUUGGACGUAGAAUUUCUGAAAGACCCAUUCCAAACUCCAUCUCAGGCCCUCGUCUGGCAAAAUCGGCACACCAACUUGUAUCAAAGCAUUAUCUCGUGAAGCAGAAACUGUGGGAUCAACAGAACCCGAGGGCCGUGCCACUGCUGAAGGCUCUGACUGUCACCCAAGCUCCCAACAGACAAUUUACAAGAAAGAGCCUGAUAAUGGUGGGAAACAGUGCUCAAGGGGAACUGAUCGAAAAAGGAGAUGGCGAAAGAAGCAGAAAGCACUCAAAGGUGAUGUCACUACAUCUUGCUCCUCGCAUCAGACACACUCCAAAGAGACAGUUCAAGGUGAAAGAAGUUGCGUAAGUGAGAGUAGACAUCAGGAGACCAAUGGUCUUGUAUCAGAAUUUCAUCUCAUAGAGAGGCAACAAGUCAUGGGUCCUGCAGAAUCCAAUUGCCAUAUCACCACAGGCAGCUUGGCUUGUCAGCCUAAUUCCAAGGGGACAGUUUGUGAGAAAGGGCAUGAUGACAUUGAACUAAGUUGC